ACUAAUUCAAUGAAUGUUUUUAUUUUAUAUCUCUUGAGUUAUGAUUAUAUUGUGAAUAAAUAAGUUAUUAUUUAUUUAGUGAAGCAUUUCUUUAUUCUGUAUCACCUAUAUUAAUUAUGUAGUUGUUACUUGAUUUAAUUAAUCUUAUUUAGAUAGGGGGAUUAAAGGUGUUAAAGUAAUUUAUGUAUACAUUUUCAUCAUGCGAGGUGCAAAAUAUGAACAGCUGUCUCUAAAAACGGAUUCUGAAGAAUGUGAAAUAUUCGAAACUACAAAAAGCAAAUGGUUUGAUGUGUGUUUCCAGAAAGGCGUAUUGUCACUGGGGCUAAUUUUAUUAUACUUUUCCUUGUCUAUUGGGCUAACUUUUUAUCAGAGAUGGCUCCUGAAGGAAUUUCAUUAUCCAUUGACAGUUGUAAUGUACCACCUAAUAAUAAAAUGGAUGUUAUCAGUUUUUGUCCGUUUAAUAUUACAACUUAUAACGGGACAGCCACAGCUAGUUCUACCUUUUCUAACAUGCUUGAAAUCUGUGGGUCCCACUGGCCUUGCAAGUGGCAUUGAUGUUGGUUUUUCAAACUGGGGACUGGAGCUUGUUACCAUAUCACUAUAUACAAUGACAAAAUCUACUACAAUAAUAUUCAUCUUAGGUUUUGCUAUAUUAUUAGGCUUGGAAAAAAAGUCAUGGUCACUGGUGGUGAUAGUUCUGAUGAUAGCUGCUGGACUAAUAAUGUUUACAUACAAGGCAACUCAGUUUAAUUUGCUUGGUUUUGAUUUUCUCAUCCUUGCGUCAUUUGCGGCUGGAUUGAGAUGGACUUUUGCACAAUUGUUAAUGCAAAAGUCAAAACUUGGGUUACAUAACCCCAUUGAUAUGGUGUUUCAUGUGCAACCAUGGAUGUUUUUAUCUCUACUUCCAUUUAUGAUUAUGUUUGAAGGUCUAAAGUGUUUUAAAUACUUAAUGGAAUUACCAAAUGCAGAGUUAUCACCAACAAUAUUGAAAAUAUCCGUGGGUGCAACAAUAGCAUUUGCCAUGGAAAUUAGUGAGUUCCUUGUUGUCACAUACACUUCUAGUCUUACAUUAUCCAUCGCCGGUAUUUUUAAGGAGAUGUGCAUUCUCGUAUUAGCUGUUGAAGUUAGCGGGGACCAAGUUAGUCCCAUAAAUAUAGUUGGACUCGUCGUUUGUUUGAUGGGUAUCGUUGGACACAUCGUUCACAAAGUGAUUUUGAUCAAAACUGUAGCUGGAUCAGUGCGAGCAUUAGAAUCGGAUGAUUUUAAGACGAUAGAAAAAAAACGGUCGCCUAAGAACAAAGAGGAACACAAGAAACCAUUGCUUGAGGAUACAAAAUGGCAGGAGGCAAGCGAGGAAAGUGAUUUGGAUAGUUCUGUUGUUAUUUAUGAAGUUCUGCAAAGAAGGGAUGGAAGCUAAAUUUAUGUACAAACAAACCGUUUGUAUUGUGACGUAUUUGUGUGGUACUUUAUCGUGUCAAGCAUAGAUAAUUUAUACGUCGAGAUAGAGCCUCUUGGUGUUUUUUUUUAAACUAAGGGACGACACGAGCAGGAAGUUCAGCUGAUGGUCAUUAAUAUGCCCUACCCAUAAAAGUGAAAAGCCCAAAAAUCCUGAGCGGCACUACAAUUGCGCUUGGCACCUUGAGACAUAAGAUAUUAAGUUUCAUUUGCCCAGUAAUUUCACUAGCUACGGCGCCUUUCAGACCGAAACUGCUUCACGGCAGAAAUAGGCGCCGUUGUGGUACCCAUAAUCCAGCCGGCUUCCUGUACAAAGGAGCCUCCCUCGUGCUGCGAGGCAACCGAUGAAAACAGGUUUAUUACUAUAGCGUGCGUGACGCUAUUUGUAUAUCACUUAUUGUUAGCGUGCAUUGCUCAAAAUAGAGGUUAAUUUUCAACCAUUUUUUCGACGAUUUCACAGUUAUCACAGUCUAUCUAGUCGUAUAAAUGAUCUAAGGUAUCAAGUAAACAAUUCGUGAAUUGCUACUUAAUUAUUAUUAUUAUAUGUAUUGUAUAAACAUCGAAGAAAAAUUUACCAAACGUUGAGACCACUGGCACCACAGUCAGAAGAUUAUAUAUGGGACUGAAGGUUGCAGGCAGCCUUAAGUGGGCCCCCCGUAGAUAUCAUUGUUUUGUUAUUAUAUUGUAAGCAUUUAUAUUGUUAUACUAUAUUUUAAGUUUAUGACGCGAUUUUAAUGCGGCGAUUGUUUUGCAUUUAAGAAUAUGAAUAACAGCAGCCAUAUUGUAUUAAGUUGUACACCAGAAAAUAAUUACUACUUAUUUUGCUUUACUAUGUUUUAUUAAAUUUUUCAACUGAGGAUUACAGUGUAACAAUCCACUUAUCAGUCACUUGACAUUUUUAUAUAUGUAUAUUAUAUAAGGUAUUAAUAGUACAUAUACUAUUCUUUAUAGUAUAAACAAUGAUUAAUAUAUUCAUCAGUAAGUCAUAUUGCAUAUCCAUGGUACUGGGCCAAUAUUUAUUUCAGAUCCAAGUGUACUUUUGAAUACUAUUGAAAGUAUCUCUCCAUACAGAAAAAUGACGCCUUAAGUAGGAGAGGAACCGGCGCAAGAAGUUAACUGAGAAUUUAUUCCACGAACGAAAAAAUACAUAUAUGGCUGAAUUUUAUCCUUUAUAUCUUUUUAUUUUAAAUAAGGUUUAGCUAGCGUAUUUUUUUUGCUUAAAUAAAAUAUAAAAUUUUACGAGAACGCAGACGGUCGCUUUUUAAACUUAUAUUUUAAUCAUAGACACGAUAUACUAUCGUAUACACAAACAGAGCGUGCAAAAGAGAAAAACAUCUCGAACGGAGAUACAGAUAUAAAAGGAAAAAAUUGUAUUACAAUUGGACGUAGUUCGAGAAAACGUUCCAAACCACAAUCAUGUCGAAAUUGAGUUAAGAAAACACAACUGGUCACGUGAUUCAUAUCAACGGACUGACAAGAAAUGGCAGCCCUACUGCCAAUCUUUAAAUGACAUAAUGACUUAGUAUCCCAACCCACAUGCAUGGAAUAGAUUAAUAUUUAUUAAAUUUUAAACACGAAUUCCUUAAAAUGUGAUGGUUGUGGCUUGGAACGUUUUUCUGGAAUUACGUCCAAUUGGUGGACUGUUACCCCCUUAUUCAUAAUAGUCUGCUAACUUAAAGCAUUGCUAAUUCUCACUCCGUCUUCUUCUUUUCACCUAAGUCAGAAUGAGAAAAAACACUCCUAAGCGGCUGUUUAAAGUUAGCGGACCAUUAUAAAUAAGGGGGUUAGACUCUAAUAAAAUGAUAACAGUUACUUAGGAAAUGUAUGUUCAAGCGAAUUUCGACCUACACGUUUAUUAUGACUCUAGGAAAAUGACAUUAAGAUGGGUCACGAUUC